AUGAACAUAGAUAAGAGUAUCAUCGUCAUGGUGAGCGAGAACAAGAAUGACGGAGGGCACCCCUUGAAGAUCAAAGGGAACAAGGAAGGAUACCCGGGCAUCAAGGCUGCAAAACCCCACAAGAAUCCGAGUAACAUCGAGUUGGAGUUUGACGGCAGGAUGGACACCGUGGCAUUCCCUGUCACUCGGAUCUGUAUGAAGACCAAGAUCACUAAGCUCAUCAUUGGAGAGUAUAUGAAGGAAAGGACAAUUUCGCGUGUGGUGCAGGGGAUCAACUUAAUGAUUUCGAACGUCAGAGAUGGAAUUGAAUGUGAAUCGGGCCAACGCCAAGGAGAUGGAAGCCAGAGCAACGCCAUUACAAACCCAGGCCUAUCACGGCAUUCUACGUCUUCUGAAUCGAGAUCAGAGCUGCAGUCCACUGAAGACCACACGAGAAGUGCGCGGAAAAGGUCUUGGCUGGCAGAGAGCACCCAACAGCAGCGGAAGAAAACGAAAACGCCACCAGGUGAAGCAAUUCUGAACCCAGCAAUGCUGGCAAAGUGCUAUUUUGGUAUCCAUGAGAUCCCCCUGUCAAAUGUGGAGCCCAGCCCUGCUGCUUCGAGGCAUGCAUACCAUUAUGAGGUGGUAGCUGGCCAACAUGUCCUCAUGGCACGGAAGGAUCUACACGAAGGGAAGAAUGGGAAGGCUACCUGCAUCUGUGCUGUUUACAUGGGAGUCGAUGCAGUGGGAAAAAGGAUCCUGACGCUUCACAGCGCCAAACUUGAAGGAAUUCCUUAUGAUGUACUUGAUGUUGGCAGUAGGACUUAUCAAGUCCUCAACAAUUUGAUCAACCUGGGAGAAGAAGCUGUUAAGGAAUUUCUGUAGGUGACGAGAGAAAUUGAGGAGGAGCCAGGACGAGUGGCAUGAAAGCUAUAUUGUCUGCGGAAGCUUGGGAAUCCCCAUAUCAAAAGAAGCGACUUCUUGG